GUUAAAUAUUUACACAUUGUUUUAACCUAAUUUAAAAAACUCUUUGCUUUCACAAAAUUAACCGAUCACCAGGAUCUAAUAGCUCCAAAAAUCUCGAAAUCGCAACAACACAAUUCUUUCUUUUGCGCGGGAAUUACUUAAUAGUUAAUUCUAUCGUCAAAAGAUUUCCGUUAGGUUUUUGCGUAUCUUUUCAUAAACAAAAUACAAACUCGUUGUUUUUGUUGCGAGAUUUAAGGAACCUCAAAUUCUAUUGAUUGCUCUCAGUUUCCUUUUUUUGAAUCAAGCUUUCACACAGGUUUAUCAUAUGGACGCUUCGUCUGUUAGAAAUCUCUGCCGAUAUUUGAUUUCGUCGGCGAUUCAACGAUGUCGUAUGUCAGGGGAACUUUGUCGAUUAUCCGUCAGUCUGAAAUCGUUUCCACUUGCCAAUCCUCCUUUAGUUCGUAUCUCUAGUAGCCUGAGGAGUUUGUUUGGCUUCAUGAUAUGACUAGUUUCUGACACGGGAGUUGGAAGCUGCUUGGAGGAGUUUCAGGAUGUGAAGUAUCUAAGUGAUUCAUCAUUGAAUCAGAUACAUGAUGGAGUUAUAUCAAUUGCCACUACCAGAGUUUGCGAUAAUGAAAUAUUUCACUACAAUAUAGAUCUUAAACAAAAAGAUUGCACAAAAAGGCUAGCAACAUUACCUCCAACCCCCAAAAAUGGUGCAACAUUCAGUGGGACUGAAGUAUCAUUCUCAACAUUUCAUAGUAUUGAUGUUUUACUAGAAGACAUUACUUGCUUUUUCCAGAAGAUGCUCAUUAUGAAGAUUCCUAAGGUUGGAAUUGAACUGAUUGUGGACAAGGGAGAAUUUCCUGAGCACCAAUGUGCAAAUGUUAUAGUAGCAAACGAGUGCAUUAAUUUACCUUCAGAAGCAAAUGCUGAAUGCCUCAAGUCAGGCCUUGUGGAUUAUGUUCUCAAGCAUGGGAAUAAAAAAGAUAGUAUAUGCCAUUCUUGCUUUACAAUCGAGGAUCACUUGAAAGUAGGAAGUGGGAAGGUCUACAAAAGUUAUAGGAAUACUGAAACAACAGUAGAAGCUGUGGUUAUAAUCAGUGAAUUAUCAGAGACGAUGGAUCCAUCCUGUUUCAGGUUGUGUGGUAGUAAAACCGAGGUUUUAUACUUCAAUGAUUUCAAACCUGGCAUGACUUCUCAACCAUUACUAAAAGCAUUAAAAACCAUGGAUUGGAAAAGCUAUGGACUAAGCAUAAAAUCCAUAUCAGAUGAAGAUGGUUGUGCUUUUAUUGAAUGGGACAAUUUUCCACAAGAUUGUCAUAUUGACAUUGCUGUCCACUCUCUCCACAACAGAUAUCCAUAAAUUACAUUUUUUUUUAAUAUUCUUUUUACCCUUUUGUAUUCUUUUUGUUUGUAUUUUCUUAAUGUUUACCAAGCGUGUGAAUGUUGAUGGAAAUCUUGUUAAGAAAGCUGUGAAGCUUGCAUUGAAUGACUUAAAGGAAAAGAAUGCUGGAGUUCUUCUCAGUGCACAUGCAGUUAAGAUUCGCAGUUAUGCUCCAGAGCUUGCGAAAACAAUUGCAAGCCUGAUUUCAAGCUCAAAUGACUUGAAAUUUAAAGGAGAAUGUGCUUCUCUUCUUGGCCUACAGUCUUCUCAUGAUGAUGCAGAAUCAGAAUCCAUUGAAGAUAACAUUAAACAGAGGCUUACUUCAAUUAUAGACCACAAUGACAGACAACCUCAGACUAAUAAGAGAACCAGAGAGUCUGCACCUCUUCUUUUUAAUGAUGAAUGCUUUCAGGAACCAGAAUAUGCUGAAGAUGAGGAGGAUGAUGAUGAGGUAAGCUUUUCUGCUUUUGAUCUAUAGAAUAAGUAGAUCUAUGAUUUCCAUUAUCAACUCUUCUUUUAAUAUAAAAUACACCAUAGUUUACGAGUUUUAUGCCCCACAUAUACAAAGAUUAUUUGAAAAAAGGGCUGAAUAUAUACAAGAUAUAACAAUGGACUUUCAUUUACUAGUGUUUUAUAGCAGAAAAUAUACUGUACUCAAUUAUUAUAAUGUUUACGAUUCAAGUUGAUGCUAAUUUGCUUCUCAAAAAAAUUGUGCAUCAAAUUAGAGGUGGU